AUGUCUUACAACUGCAGCUCUGGAAUGUUCUCCUCCCUCUCUCUUGGAGGUUGCCUGGGAUCCCCAGUUUCCACCUAUAAUUCUUUCUACCCCAGCAAUGUAGUCUGUUCUCCCAGCACCUGCCAAUUGUGUUCUCUCUACAGUGGCUUUCAGGAGACCUUCUGUGAGCCCACCAGCUGCCAGACAUCUGCGGCCAGACCCUACCAGACGUCCUGCUAUCGCCUGAAGAAUUUCAUCACCUGUAAUCCUUGCCAGACAAAUAAUAGUAGAUCUUUGGGAUAUGGAAACACUGGAUUUGGAUCUUUUGGUUAUGGGAACACUGGCUUCCAAUCUCUGGGCUGUGGGUCCAGCUUCUCGCCAACUUGCUUUUCUUCUAGGAGCUGCCAGUCAACUUGUUACCAACCAGCCUGUGGCUCCCUCUUUUUUGGAUAA